GAUGGUUGGAAUAUUCAGUGCAUCCGUUUUACUGAAGCUGAAGAAAUUUUCCUGAACAUCUUAGCACGUGUGUCUGACUUUGAAGUACCCGUUGGAUUCGACACGCAUGGCACUGUAACGGUAAAUUGAGAAAGCAAAAAAAACGGGGUUUAAUGUUUUUAACGUUUGACUUCAGAAGCUUAAUGGGGUUUGGUGGUUCCUCCUCCUCCUCCUCCUCAAGCUUUUGUUUGCAGCAUAGACUUCGUCCGUUAACUAGAAUAGCAAUAGGUAACAGUACCUGUGUUUCCACUCGUGACUUGAGUAGCAAGAGAAAAUCUUUCAUACAAAGCUUUUCAGUGUCUUAUCAGAAGUUUGUCGAUUUUGCUUUGGAUGAAACCAAACGCCACACCCACUUGGUCCCUUCGCCUUUACAGGAGAAGUUUAAUUCCAUGAAUUCUAAGGAUGGUAAAGGAGGGCUUAGUAUGCUAUCAUUCGAAGCUGCCAAGAUUAGGCUUCUGCGAAGUUUGAUCAUUGAGACAGAAACAACGCAGGUUUUGGAUUUUGCUGUGUUUCCGAAAGCAGAAUAUGACGUCCCCAUAUUUUGUGCUAACUUUUUCACCUCCACUAGGACAAACAUUGUUGUGUUGGACCUGAACCCCUUGCAUGAUAUCAUCAAUCAGCAGGACUACAAGGAAAAGUAUUUUAAAAGCUUAAUUCCUCUUGGCCUUAAAUAUGCUGAGAUUUUUCCAUGGGGAGGGAAACUCACAAGUGAGUCUAUAAAGUUCUUUUCACCGAUUGUCAUUUGGACAAAGUUUACUUCAAGCCCACAAAAAUAUGAUACUCUGUAUUCUGCUUUCAGGGAUUAUUACGAGAUAUGGUUGGAAUUGAUAGAUAAAGCAGUUAAGGAGACAGAUGGAUCUCAGAUUUUCCGCAAUCUUGAAGCACAACAUAGAUAUCUAACAUGGAGAGCCGAAAAGGAUCCAGGACAAGGUGUUUUGAAGAAGCUGUUAGGGGAGACUCUAGCCAAGGAUUUGUUGAGAAGCUUUCUCUUUAAUGGAGUGGAUGAACUAGGAAGCAAAAAGUUCAAUGAUUAUUUUCCUCACUACUGCAGCGAGGAUGGAACUCUAAAUAAGAAAGCCAGUAUUAUUGGGAAGUCUUUUGAAAAUCGCCCAUGGGAUGCAAGAGGAGAAUUCCUUGGUGAUUGACAAUAGAAGCUUGCUCACACGUUUGAAGUCAAACUCUUACCAGGCAUGUUACUGUUUAAAAUUUUGGUGGUUGCGUUUCUACAAGCAUGCAAAGCUCGUGUUGCCCACUGGAAUGUUUGUCCAUAGUUAAU